CUUGACGUCUACUACCUAUGUUCAGAAGCCAUGAAUUCCAGAAAAUUACUCUCAGAAACACGGAGAACAUUUCCUGAUACUAAAGCACACUGCCAGCAGCCAUCACGGAUUCUCAUUGUGGAUGUCACAUCAGCUUCCUGGGCCAACACUUGUUCUGUACUCUCUGAAGCUCUGGAAAACACACUCUGUUUGGCAUGCAGAUUGACAGGUCCCUGCCGUGUUCCCCUUCUUAGCCUCUAUGUGGUGCAGAACCAGCAGGAAUGUUUGCUUCCCUUUGUGCAACUGAAGGAAAGCUUUGCACGAGUUCAAGCCUGCAUUUCAGAGCUCCGUUCACUACCAAGAGAAGGCUGUUUCCCACAGGGGGGAGAUGGAGUGGUACAGGCUGUGCAAGAUGGAUUGCAGCAGUUCAAGCAAUACAGCAGACACACAGCAGCAGGAGGCUCAACAAAUAGUUCUGUUGAGAUCAUAAUUUUGACAAGCCAGUCAGGAAAAGAAAUGGUAAAGCAUCUGGAGAAGAAGUUAAAGGAUGUAGACCUUGUGAGUCUGCGAAGAAUACAAGUUAUUGAGGUUUUGAAGAGAGGCUUUUUGGAGCCUGAGAAUGUGGAACAGUGUAUGCUAGCAGAAGAGCCCAGCAGCAAUGACAUUGCAAUCCUUGGAAUGGACAUCGAUCUGCAAACAAUAGAGGACAAUGUCAUCAGCUUGGAGAUGCUGUUUAAAACAUGGCUUCAUGACUGUGGCUCAGAGAGAGAACACCUCCAUCUCCUCCUUCCAUCUGGAGGCUCCAGCUAUGCCACCGCACCCAAGACCACCCUAAUAUGCCUGAAGUGUGAUUUGCAGGAAAGACUGCUUGAUCCAGCUCUACUUUUUGGGACUGUUGAUGGCACCAUGAAAACAGCUGAUUCAAAUUCAUCCCGCCAGAUGACAGCCUGGCCAGCUACAGUGCUGUAUAAACUCCAGGUUGUAAAAGCUCUGAAGUCUGAAGGAGUCUGUGAGUCUGUGCUGUAUGGACUGCCUUUCAUCAUCAAGCCCACAAGCUGCUGGCAGCUAGACUGGGAUGAACUGGAGUUAAAUCAGCAUAGCUUCCAUGCUCUCUGUCAUAGUCUUCUGAAAAGGAAGUGGAUGCUUUUGGCCAAACUCGAUCCACAGAACACUUGUCCAAGCUGGAAUAUCGUGGUGCACUCCUACUACAUCAUUAUCCCUUCUGACUCUGCCACUCUGCUUGUCAAAGCAGUCGCUGUAAGAGAGCUCCUGAUGCCAUCAGUCUUCCCAGCCCUCCUUGCUGAGCAUCCUGAGAGAGUGCAGGGCCCUAUAGAGAGUGCCCUGAACAGCUUGGAAGUAGAAGUUACUUAUAACCCCUUGCACCUGAAAAGCAACCUCUACAAACACCUGAAGAGUAUGUUGUACAGACCACUGCACAGGCAGCAGGCCCAGCCCAGGGACCAGCGACCAGAGCGGCAUCAAUCCAAGCAGGUAUGACUCUUGCUUUUGACUAGCCUAGGUAGAUCCUGCCUUGUCCUCCUGAUCUGCUUCCUGCAGAGAAGAAACAGGUAACCCCCUGAUACCCUGAUGGUAUAGGGAAAGCAAAGUUGGGUUGCACAAGCAACAUACCCUUGUGCUAUGGGGGAGAUGGGUGCUGACCAGCUGGCACAUGCAGACACAGUAAGACAGCAUGCUGAGAACUCAAAACCCCAGCAGGGAAGAGGACCAGCACAGGAUAACGACGACAAAUUGGUCCAGGCUACACACAUGAUGUACUAUUACAGACAGGACUGA